AUGGAAAAUGACCCGGAAUCGAACCCACCGCUCAACCAUUUCAAGACGGCCGACCAGGACGCUCAAGAUGCGCAGGAUCUCGCCUACCUCGGCCAUGACCAGGCCCUCUCGCGAAAAUUCGGCACAAUGAGCAUGCUCUUCCUCGCCGUGUCGGUCUUGGGAACCUGGUCCACCUUUGCGCAAGGGCUGUCGAGCGGCAUCACCAGCGGCGGUCCCGUCGCCAUCCUCUGGGGUCUCGUCCUCGUUUUAUUCUGCAACAUCUGCGUCGCUGUGUCGCUGGGCGAGCUCUGCAGCAGUAUGCCGACGGCGUUGGGACAGGCGUAUUGGAUCUUUCGGCUGUGGCCCUCUGGUCGCUUCGUGUCCUACCUCUGCGCUUGGAUCAAUACGUUUGGGUGGUGGACGCUUUCUGCCUCGCAGGUUGCCUUCAUGACCAACUUUAUUCUGAGCAUGAAGGUUCUCUUUGUGCCGGACUGGUCAGAGGCUGGCGUUGGGUGGAUCAACUUUUUGCUCUAUGUCGCCCUAACUCUCUUGCUCACGGUCGCCAACCUCGUCGCUUGUAGGAAAGAUGCCAUCCUACCAGCCUUUAACAACUUUGUCGGAAUCUGCUUCAUCGGACUCUUCUUCAUCUUCAGCCUGGCGCUGCUCAUCUCUGUCGGUGUACGAUCAGACUUGCAUUUCCAGCCAGCCUCAUUCGUGUUUGGUCAAUGGAUCAACCAGACUGGCUGGGGAGACGGGGUGACGUGGUUUACGGGCCUUCUCCAGGCCGCGUACGGUCUGACAGCCUUUGACUCGGCCGUCCACCUGGCUGAAGAGAUACCGGCACCUCGCAAGAACAUUCCACGCGUGAUAUGGCUUUCAGUCACCUUGGGGGCCGUCACUGGAUUCAUCUUUAUGGUGGUCUGUUUGUUCAGCAUCCAGAAUCUCGACACCAUCUUGAACCCCCCCACUGGUCUCCCCUUUAUGGACCUGUGUCAUGAGGCAAUCGGGCUUCAGGGGGCCACUGUGUUGCUCUCUCUAUUCAUUUUCAACGGUCUCGGUCAGGCCAUCAGCAUCGUCACCACCGCCUCCCGUCUGACCUGGGGUUUUGCGCGAGAUGGCGGAAUGCCGUGGAGCACUUAUUUCUCCGGGGUCAAUCGGGCAUGGAGAGUGCCGGCACGGGCGUUAUGGCUUCAGGGGGCCAUUAUCGGGGUUGUUGGCGUGCUCUACAUGUUUGCCAACACGGUGCUCGAAGCGAUCCUCAGCGUCAGCACAAUCGCCCUGACCAUCUCGUAUGGGAUGCCCAUCCUGACUCUUCUUCUCGUCGGGCGUGACAAGCUCCCGCCUGGAGAGUUCAGCCUGGGACGACUUGGGCCUGCGAUCAACUGGAUCUCGGUAAUCUACUGUGCCAUCACCACGGUCUUUUUCUUCUUCCCGUCAGCACCUAACCCGGCGCCGGCAGAUAUGAAUUACGCAAUCGCAGUCUUUGGGGUCAUGAUGGUGGUGACUCUUGGUUUCUGGGUCAUUAAGGGGCGGCACACGUAUCUCAAAACUGAAGACGCAGCAGAACGAAUCAUUGAGGCUCAAAAUGCCGAGGUGACAGUUUCUCCGAUUCCUCUCAAAAUGUAG